AACCUGCAGAGCCUAUCUCCCGAUGAGCAGCGCCUGUUCCGUCUAUAUGGCAAGUUGCCAAACAAGAAAGACUUGCUCCAGAACAAGCUCAAGGAGCGCAAAUACUUCGACUCUGGCGAUUAUGCCCUCUCCAAAGCCGGUAAAGCCUCUGACAUCGGCGUCACUCAGAUUGGCCGCGAGCACCCGGUGCCCGAGAACAUCCCGCAUUCGUCCUCACCACACAACGGCCCUGGCAGCGGCGCCCAGGGGAGCAUCAGUGGCAUAAACCUGCCUGCACCUGCACCUGGCAGUACGCCUGGACAAAGCGGGAGUCCGGUGAAGGAGGGCAGUUUCUUGCAUCGCGAGACAAGCCUGAAUAGGGAGACGAGUGUGGAUGAUGACGACGAGGCGAAUGAAGAUGAGGAGAAGAAGGAGGACGAGAAAUAG